CUACAAAUCGUUGCUUCUAAAAAUUAUUACCAUUUUACCGAUUAUUAUAAUAGUGCGUUAUAUAUUAAUACUUUCUUUACGUCAUUAAAAUAUUCACAAUUAUAAUAGAAAUAAUUUUAUUGAUAUAUUUUUUAUCGGACAUGAAAUAUUCUUAAUAAAGUAAGAAAAAUUCUGACGUGCGAUAGUCUGUCCGUUAACGUAACCUACCAAAGAUUUAUAAAUAUUUUGAUUGUUUGAUUACUAAUAAUUACAUGUGAAUAACAUUCCUAUUAUUGUUAUUUUAUUUCCAACAAUAUGAGUAAUAAAAAAGAAAAGGAAGAAGAGAAGCCAAUAGUUGCUAAAACAGCUGUGGAUUUGCAAAGAUUAAAAUUAAUGAAGUUGAUGAAAAAUCCAGAUAAACCUAUUGUAUUACCAGAACGACCUAAACCUAAAAAUACACCAACAGUACCAGAAUUUGUUCGAAAUGUAAUGGGUAGUAGUGCUGGUGCCGGCAGCGGAGAAUUUCAUGUAUACAGACAUUUGCGUCGUAAAGAAUAUGCGAGACAAAAGUUUAUCCAAGAGAAAGGUCAUAAGGAACUUUUGGACGCUCAAUAUCAUGAGAAAUUAGAACAAAAUAGAAAACUGGCGGAGGAAGCAACUGCAAAGAAACGAGCCAAGAGAUUAAAAAGGAAACAAAAGAUGAAAGGGAAGAAAAAAAUGAAAAGUACAAACGUUGAAAACAACAAUAAAGAAAAUAGCGAUACUCUACACAGCGAGACAGAGGACAGUGAUUCGGCAGAAGAAACUAAUGAAACUGAAGUACAGUCUGAUGUUAGUUGCGAUAAAGAGACUAUAAAAAACACAAUUCAUACAGAGACAGAACAAUUAAAACAAGUAAAAAAUAAUAAAGAUGAGUCUGAUAUUACAUGUAAGGAUGCUAUAAAUGAUACAACUUCUACAGAAGUAGAACAAGAUCAAAAAAAUAAUACAACUAAUGUAUCAAAUGAAUCCAUGAAAAAAGAGACAAAGGAAGAUAAAUAAGAUAAAAAUAUAUAUUAU